GUCCAUCUAGAGUGAGAUUGUGCAUUAGGCUGCAGCCAAGGAAAACAUGUACAUAGCAGUGUGUCCGUAGUACAUAUGUGAAGUAUUUUACUAUUUGGCAUUGUAGACGCCAUCAAAUUUAUUAACCUCACCUUAACUCACUCGUUGACCAAAUCCAAUUGUACUCAACAAUGACUACAAGGAUGUUCAGGAAUAUAGAAAUUUUUGAAGGAUCGGAGUCGUUCACAGAUGGGGAGAAAGGAUCGCGUAUGAAGGGAAAUACGAGGAGCGUAGACAACGAGGACAUCCAACUCAACGAGACGGAGAACUUUGCCUUUAAGAGAGCGUGUACAUCAACGGCAAUGAUACACGGGUUCACGAAUGAUGGCUGGAAUUUCUUGGUGGAGAUGGAAUAUGCAACUGGAAGGGGAGCCGUAUAUGCUAGUCGACAACGUAAAGAUGACGGUGGAAAUGAGAGCAUUGGAUUGCGAGGGAUGGACUGGCCGACUUUGCUUUCCGAAGACGUCAUAUCCACGCUCUUUGGAGAGUUGGGACAACAUUCUCAUCGACAAGCAAUAUACGUUGGAGGGAUCAACGACAAGAUGUCAGAUAGCAGAAACACCAAGGACAAUGUCGACGCAACAGCACACGAAGAGGAGUUCGCAUUACGAUGCAGGGCAGUUUUUGUGGGGCAUAUUGACGAGCCCAACGGUGCAUUGCAUCAGUACGAGAAGGAGACAAAACCCAUUUGGAACGAACACAGUACGGAUAAUAAGGGAGACCGUACACACGUCCACGCUGCAGACGUGUUUACCACUGUCAGAAAUAGGAACGAAACCUCUGAAGGCGAAUCAGACAUCAAUUUAGAAGGAGGCGUUCAUCAAAAUGUCUUAUACCUAAAGUACGACAGUUUCGAGGGCACAAUGGUUGUGUGGCUUAACUGGUUAAAGCCAGAGUGUGGCUAUGCUACGGCUUACGAGUCUGCCAGUUUGAUUCUUGAUGGAAGCGCACAGCACUGCUGGGGCGUGCCUGGUCUUUUGACCCGAAAACCAGCAUGCAAAAACUGGUACUAUUUUGGACAUGUCUUUGGCCCAGAAGAUUUGUCUUUGGACAGAUCUUCGAUCCAGUGGUCUUUGGAAACCAAAAACCUCCGAUCUGAUUACUGGUCUUUGGUUUGGUCUUUGGAACUGGUCUUUUGGGCAAAAAGACCAGAGGAACAAAGGAAAGAACAAAGGAAGUGA